UUCAUUCAUCAUGUGUAGCAUCAUUUAGCUCAUACUUUUCUGCACUAAAUACUGGUAUGUGUCAGAAAAGGUCUGAAGAAUAUGUAUGGCAGUAAGACCACCAAUUAAGAUGGAAGAAAGGCAGUAUUCAUCUCUGACGGCCCCUAUGGAUUAUCUUCAGUACUGGUACCAAACCAAUCCUCAGCAGUACCAGGCAGAGCAGGUGCCGCAGCACCAACAGAUGAUUAAUGCCGCCCAAUACGCAGAGAGACCUGUGGAGGACAAAAUCAUGACUGAUUUAGCAGUGCAUCAAGAUCCAUAUCUGGAACAACCUCAACAGCCUCAGCAACUCUCUGCCCAACCACCAGCCAUUCCAAUGACUCCAGCAAAAGGAAAGAAAAGGGGAAGGCCUCUAAAAGGUGAAGGAAAGGAAAAGACAGAAGCUGAAGAGUCUGCCAAGAAAGCGAAGAGGAUGUUAAAUCGGUUCAACGGGAUGUCCGUGGAGGAAGUCAUGGCUAGAAAGCUGCCAGACGUCAUCACACAUAAUCUUGACAUGCUGAUUAUCGGCAUCAAUCCUGGACUGUUGUCAGCCUACAAGGGAAGGCAUUAUCCAAAUCCUGGGAACCAUUUUUGGAAGUGCUUAUUUCUUUCCGGGCUGACUGAUGAACAGCUCAACCACAUGCACGAUCAGACACUACCUGAACGGUAUGGCAUUGGUUUCACCAAUAUGGUGGAGAGGACUACACCUGGGAGUAAAGACCUAUCAAACAAAGAGAUCCGUGAAGGUGGCCACCAGCUUUUGGAAAAGCUCCAGAAAUACAGACCUUUAAUCGCUGUGUUCAAUGGAAAAUGUAUUUAUGAAAUAUUUUGCAAGGAGAUUUUUGGAGUAAAGGCUAAGAACUUAGAGUUCGGAUUGCAGCCUUACAAAGUCCCAGAAACGGAGACGGUUUGCUAUCUGAUGCCAUCAUCAAGCCCACGCUGUUCCCAUUUUCCUCGUGCUCAGGACAAAGUGCACUUCUUCAUCAAGUUAAAAGAGCUCAGGGAUCAAAUGAAGGGAGUGGUGAGGACUCAAGAGGUCCAAGAGACAACCUACACAUUUGAUCGGACUCUGGCCAAAGAGGAUGCCAAAAAAUUGGCAAUCAAAGAAGAGCAGCAUGACCCUGAGUAUGAGGAGACCUGUGCCCAUGGAUCACAAAGAGAACCACAGCAAGCAUUUGGGGUCCAUCCUUCUACAAAUAUGGACCAGGUAUCGGACAACUGGUGGACAAUGCAGCCGUUUGCAGACCAGAUUCCAGACAUCAGAUGUAGCAACAACAACUGAACAGCCUGAGAAAAGUUGUAUGUACUGAGAAGGACCAA